AUGGAUGGAGAUGAUUGGAAGCCUCAUCUUUCGCCUAAUUCACGCCAUAGGAUUGUCAACAAAAUAAUGGACACAUUGAAGAGACAUCUUCCUAUUUCUAGACCAACGGGACUGCAUGAGCUAAGGAAAAUUGUUGAAAGGUUUGAGGAAAAGAUUUAUUCUGCUGCCACAAGUCAGUCUGAUUCCCUUCGGAAAAUAUCUUUGAAGAUGCUGACAAUGGAAACAAAAUCUUUUAAUGCUGCAACCAAUUCUCUGCCAUCCAACUCUGCUGGUCACAGCAAAAAAUCCCCUAAUGACAAGAAAUUCCUUGCUAGGAAAAAGGCCCUUAGAUCCAGUUCAAUUGGUCAGUGUAAUGCCUUUGCAAGGUGGAAGCUGCGGGUUCAAGCCCCGUCAAUCCCAACUAGACCAAUGAUAGGGUUGUGGGUCAAAUACACCCAGGACGAAGCAGCAAACGCCUAUGACAUUGAUGUCAUAACCAAUGUUCAUAGCAUUACAUUGGUUAUUUUUGUUGUUGCAAAGCGGUUUAAAGAUGCUGAACAUGUUGAAAUGACUAUAGAUGGAUAG